AUGAAGAGCCGGAGGCAGAGCAGCGGGGGCAGUUCGGCCGCGUGCGCCGCGGGGGAGGCGAACACGCACACGCACAGCAGCGGCGGCGGCGGCGGGGGAUGCAAGCUGGAGAGGAAGGACGUGGAGAAGAACCGGAGGCUGCACAUGAAGAGCCUCUGCCUCAAGCUCUCCUCCCUCCUCCCUCCCGCCGCCACGCACGCUUCCCUCCUCUCCGACGCAGCGGCGGCGGCGUCCAAUCCCAACAACAAGGACACGGUGACGCAGCUGGACCAGCUGGACAGCGCGGCGGCGUACAUCAAGCAGCUCAAGGGGCGGAUCGAGGCGCUGAAGCAGCGGAAGGCGGGCGGUCCUGGUCCAGCGGCGGGCUGCAACGGCAGCGGCGGCGCGGUCACGGCGUCGUCGGGCGCCGGGUCCGGCGGCGGCGUGCGCAUGCCGGUGAUCGAGGUGCGGUACCAGGACGGGACGCUGGACGUGGUGCUCAUCAGCGACGCCGGGCGGCCAUUCAAGCUGCACCAGGUCAUCACGGUUCUGGAGCAGGAGGGCGCCGAGGUGGUCAGCGCCAGCUUCUCCGUCAUCGGGGACAAGAUCUUCUACACCAUCCACUCGCAGGCGCUCAGCCCCAGGAUCGGGCUCGACGCCGCCAGGGUCUCCCAGGGGCUGCACCACCUGCUGCUGCUUGCUCCUCCUUGUCUGAUCUGA